AUGCUCAUCACGGGCGCCGUGGGCUUCGUGGGCGCGCAUUGCUCGCUGGCGCUCCGCGCUCACGGCGACGACAUGCUCGGCCUCGACAACUUCAACGCCUACUACGACCCGUCCCUGAAGCGCGCGCGGCAGUGUCUGCUGGCGUCCCAAGGCGUGGUGGUGUUGGACACCGACAUCAACGACGCCGCGCUGCUGGAGCGGCUCCUGUCCGUGGUGCCCUUCACGCACAUGCUGCACCUCGCGGCCUAG